AAGGGAGAGAGAGAGAGAGAGAGAGAGAAGGGCAGUGAAAGGGCAGUGAUAGAUAGACGGAGAGAGUAACAGUGGCAGCAUUAGACAGAGUUGCAUUAGAGACAGGCAGGUGCUGAGAGGGAGAGAGUAGUGGGCAGUAAAUUAUGGUGUGUUGAGAGAGGGAAGUGCCUGUAAUUGUCUGUGAUCAUCGAUUGGAGCCCCAGAGCCCGGCCUUGCCCUGCCCAGCCUAGCCCAGCCCAGCCCAGCCCUGCAGAUGCUGCUCCACCAGGACAUGGAGCCCAGCCAGGAUGGGGACAACUGGAUGGAGGACCAGUGGGAGAAAUGGCUGACUCAUGACUUCAGCCUGGAUGAGUUUGAAGAUGAGGACCUCUCCCAGGUCACAGAGAUCACGGACGAGUGUGGAGGCAGCCUUAGCUGUGAUGACCUGGACUGCAAGGAUCAUGUGACGUGCCCAGCCAAUAGCGGAGCAGGCAGGGCUGACAGGAGGUGGAGUAGAGAUCAGGAUCUGGAACUGCUCCAGUUGGAUCUGAUUGAUGCUGAAGACCAGAUAGAGGAAGAGGAGGAAGAGGAGCAGGACCAAGGCCUGCUCCACGCUGCCCACCCAAGGCUUGACCACCAACAGAGGGAAGAGGAAGAGCGUGAGGAGGAGAAGAGGGCUGCCAUUUGGCAGCCUCCUAUUGGACCGGCCCCUGUGGAGAGAGAUUCUGCUCCGGUCACCAUGGAUACGUACCGGCCUAAGAGACCCACCACGCUGGCAUUGUUUCCGCAGGUGCCUCGGACCCAGGACACAAUUAACAACAACUCAUUUGGAAAAAAGGACAUCUGGAAGGAGUCAAACUCCUCUUCUCCACACAUCACAGGAGAUCUGACGCCCACUCAGGGCCAUGUCCAGCAGACGGAGGGUGAAGUCCAGCUUAGCAGCAGUUCAGCCUCCAAGCUCAGAGGAACAGCACCAGCGUCUUCUCACAGCCGGCCCACCAGAGACAGCAUACACACAUGCGGUGUAGCUGCAGACACACACAGCGGACAGCGGGACCAGAGCUCCACUGCCCCUCAUCGACCCUCAUCCACCCAACGUAGCCAGCGCAGGGCAGUGGGAGCAGGGAUGAGGGAGGGAGUUGGGGUGAGGGAGGGGGCACACGGCUGCAGGGCCAGCCUGGAACAGCAGCCCCCGGAGCCCACAGACGAGAUUUACUUGACCCCAGUCCAGAAGGACCCAGACAGGCCCUUCCUGUCCAUGUCCAGCGAGGGAAACCGCAUGUCCAUCAGCUCUGACACUGAGGGCCCGCCACAACACCCCCACCCCUCCCUCCCCGACCGGACCAACCCCUCCAUCAGCGAGGAAGAGGAGGAGGUGUACCCCCCCGUGCCUCCCCCUGGUGGUAAGACCUCCACGGGCUGCCUUACUGCCUCUGAGGGCAGGCAGGAACGAGAGGGGGGUUCUGGGGGGGUUCUGAGGACUGGCCAGAGCAGCAGCUGUGAGGCCAAUGCAGGCCUCUCUUAUGACUCAGUCAAGUACACUCUGGUGGUGGACGAGCAUGCCCAGCUGGAGCUGGUCAGCCUGAAGCAGUGCUACCAUAGCUACAGCGACGGCGGCGACGGCGGCGACGACAGCGACGCCGAGACCGUGUACGAGUCAGCCAAUGAGGACGAGGAUGAAGAUAAUGAGGAGGGGCGCCAUAGGAUGAAGAGAGACUCGUCAACUUCAACAUCCUCACACCUCUCCAAGGCCCCGUCGUCCUCUGAGUCCCUAGGCGCGCCACACUCGCGCAAGUUCCUCAACGUGUUUGUGAACGGACACCGUCGCAGAGCAGGUGCAGAGUCCUUUGGCCUGUUCUCCUGUGUUUUAGACGGAGUAGAGAGAGAGCAGAGCCACAGAGCUGUGUUCAGGUUUGUGCCACGUCAUGAAGAUGAGCUGGAGCUAGAGACGGAUGACCCCCUGCUGAUGGAGGAGCAGGCUGAGGACCUGUGGUGUCAGGCCUACAACAUGAGGACGGGCGCCAGCGGCAUCUUUCCUGCCUACUACGCUGCCAAGGUCAACCAGGAACACCUCAAAGGGUCUCCAGGUGAUGUGACAGACCGGUUCAGAGUGCGUUUCCUGGGCAGUGUCCAGGUACCCUACCAUAAAGGCAACGAUGUUCUCUGUGCUGCAAUGCAAAAGAUUGCUGCCAACAGGCGGAUGUCCAUGCAGCCUCCCUCUGCAUGUGUGGUGGAGAUCAGCUUGAAGGGGGUGAAGAUCAUUGUGCAAGAUGAGUGCAAGACCUCAGAAAGAGGGGACAAAUGCUUUCACUUCUUCCAGCUGAAGAACAUCUCCUUCUGUGGCUGUCACCCGAAACAUAACAAGUACUUUGGGUUCAUCACCAAGCAUCCUGACCAUCAGAAGUUUGCCUGCCAUGUAGUCAUGUCUGAAGACUCCUCAAUGCCACUGGCUGAGUCUGUUGGGAGAGCCUUCAAGCAGUACUAUAAAGAACACAUGGGCUACUCUUGCCCUACUGAGGACAUCUUCUUAGAAUAGGUUCAAGACCUAAAUACUGCCCCAGAAUUGUCAUCAAACAACUUGCAUGGUGGGGUUUGUAAACUUACAGUAGACUUGAAUGGAAAAGUUUUGUUUUGGCUGUUUCAUAAAAAUUGAUAUUUACAGUUUGUUAUUUAUAAUAAAGAUCUAUAAGGAUAUAUCAUUGUAGUAAGCAUCAGCUGACAAGUAUAUCUGAUAUGAGAGAUAUCAAGCUGCACUAAAAACAUUACCAGUCAAAUACCACAACAAAACAUACAUGUGUUUUCCUUUUAAAUGUUUACUGCCAAAAUAAUGUUCUUGAUAUUCACUGAAUUUUGGAGCAGAUUCAGGUUUGGCUGUGUUUACUUUGGAUUGGAAUGUUUCAAUCUAAUCUUAAGCAUCCACACAUCAUUAACAUGCUUUAAAUAAAUGAAGACAGACACCUUAUCUUUUUUCUUCUGAACCAAAAAUAGAAAUGUACUACUUCUUGCCAUAGACCUAGUGAAACGAAUGUAGCAACUGGGAAGAGCAGUCAAUUUUCAGAAAGAAGGAUCUAUCUUAAUGCUAGUAUUAUACAAAUUUUUCUUUAUUUUUUUAAUUCAAGAUCCAUCACUCUGAAUAUGUGUGUAAGACUAUUUGUUGUGUUUUAAACCUUAAAAAUGACAAUCUAAAGAAAUACGUGACACAUUCCAUCGUAAAGAAAUCUUCAUCUUAUACUAUUAUGCUUACACACCUGCAACAAACAUGUAAUUGCAUAUGAAUGCAAUUUUGAUCAUAUUAUGGCACAUGAUGUAUAUUAACUACAUGUACACAUCAUGUACAUGAAUAAAUAAUUAAUGGUGUUGUAACAUACUCAUACGUGACCUUAUAUCAUGUGUUUAGCGUGAAAGGUGCGUGUUGUAUGGAAUUAAAUAACUGUAUGAAGUCCAAUCAGCCGAGGGUUAUGGUGUAUGAAUCACUCUGCUUUUUCUUCCUUUCCAUGACUCUCCAACACCUGAGAGACAGUGUUCACUAAAUCGUAUGCCGCAGCUGCGAGUUGUGCCUAUUUUCUAUUUAUUGUGACGACUGUAUGAAGUGUUCCCUUAUUAUUUUGAUUAGUUCCCUGAAAGUGCAAGAGUAAGUCAACAUGUAUAGAUGUAUGAUGUUUGUCAAGACGUGUUCCUUGGGUUUGAAAUCAGCCUGUAAGAUUUGUCGCAUGAUACCAGAGUGUAGUGAUGUAGAGAACAGGACAGGAUGAUCCAGUCUAAAUAAACCCUAGGGCUGCCUCAGUCCUCUCUCACGUG